AUGGACCGCGCGCGGAAGGCCGAGCCGCAUGCGAGCGAGACCAUGUGGCAUCGCGAGGUGCACAAGAACCUCGAGGGCCACCUCUCGCGCAUGAGCCACAUGACGCCGUUCAUCGACAACACCGUCCCCAAGACCGCGGCCAUGGGCGGCAGCAGCACGUCCAAGAAGAGCCAGCUCAAGGAAGACCGCCUCGACGCGAUCGAAGUCGAGAACCGGCGGCUCCUCGAGCGCAUUGCGACGAUCGCGCUGACGACGGCCAAGGGCGGCGACGACGAGAAGACGCCCAAGAAGUCGCUGCACGACGGCCAGCGCAAGCGAGAGCAGGAGAAGAUUUACAUGGAGAACCAGGCCAUGCUGCGGCGACUGCAGACGGUCAAGCCCACGCUCAAGCAAAAGGACCCGAAGAAGGGCAACAAAUGGAAGCUCAAGUUUGUCAAAAGCAAGGAGCACAAACUCAGCAAGAGCGAGCGAGAGAUCGAAACCAAGACCGACGGCAACGCGAUCCACGUCAAGAAAGCGUCGUCGCGGAAAGCGACCCGCCGCAACAAGAUCGUACCGGGCGGAGCCUCGCACGGCGAGGAGAUCGUGCCGGAACCCGAGCCAAGCCAGAAGACGCCAUCGAUCACAUUGGAUCAACCCGACCCAAGCGAUGCGCACGUGGUCGUCGAGCGCACAUCGCCAACGAAACCAACCAACUCGCCGGACGAAAAAACCAUCUCGUUUCAAUGCGAUGCGGGCGGCGCAGACGCUACACCGGUCGUGUCCGCUCCCACGCUUGACAAGGAGUACGACGAAGCUUCUGACGCCAGAGACGGGCCUGGCUUUGCGCCUGUGGGCGAUGAAGCCAAAGAGUCACCGAACACGGACCGCCACGACGAUUUGUACGACGAUGACGAUCGGCCCACCGUUCGUGCCACGGCACCGGAAGAGUCGAGCCACCACGACGAAGAGUCGACGGAGCCUGCGUCGACAGAGGUUGCGGGCCAGGAACUGCCACCACCACCCGCCGACGGCGAAGCUGACGCCUAUGAUGAUGAUCUGGACAACAGCCAUGUAUAUACAAACAACGAAGAGAAGGACACUUCGACCAAGGAGACGAACGAAUACAACCCGACCGAGCCGACAUUGCCCAAGCCUCCUGACGUAUCGUCCAACAUCCCAGCCGAAGAGAUCAGCGCUAAAGACGUCCCAGUGGAGAGCAACACAAGUUUGAUACCCGUCGACGACGAUGGGCAUGCGUACAGCGACGACGACGACAGUGGCGAGUCCUCCCCGGCCCCCAAAGAAGCCGUCGCUACUGCACCGAACGACCACGAAGGCGGCGACGACUACGAGGACGACACAAUGCAUGACACGCCGCCGGUGAACCCAGAAGACGAUGUGUACAACGCUGAGUUUGACGACGAAGAGCAGCACGAACACAUGGAGCUCGCGUACGCUGACGACGGCUUUGACGACGGACAUCACGCUGACGAGGACGGCGCCGACUACGGAGACGAGCAUUUUGUCGAGUAGCCGCGUUGCAACCUCCUAUUUAUCUACAUCCGUGCGUGUACAGGAUAGACAAAUCUGAGUAUCCAAGCGA